AAAGUCUCUCUCUCCUUCUCCCUCUUUCCCUCUCUCUCUCUCUCUCUCUCUCUCUCAAUAAUUAUUUGUUAAGCAGUGAUUCUGAGACAUAUAGGAAGUGCUGAUGACUAUAAAUAAGUCUAAGACAAAAAAAAAAAGGAACAUCGGAAAGUUUUUAAAGACAGUUCACUUGUGAUCAAGGAUAGUACCACAUGGUGUGGGAGCUUCAUAAAAAGAGAGGAAGAUGCCAUUUAGUUGCUGGAUGUUGUGCAUCUAUGCGCUCUGGCUCAAAGUGUCUCCAACUCAGAGCGAGUCAUGGAAUGCAGAGGUUCCUCAAACUGUGGUCGGCCUAGAGGGCUCAUGUGUGGUGAUUCCCUGUCUAUAUAGGUAUCCUGGUGCAGACCGGAAGGCUUCACACAUCACAGGAAUCUGGUUGACAAAUUCUAAUGACAAAGUCUUCCAUUCAGAUAGCUCCAAAAUCAGCAGCGCCUAUCAGCAGCGUACAAGCCUCUUGGGUGACUUAAGUCACCGUAACUGCUCCCUGAGGAUCAACCCUUUGCGUCAUAGUGAUAGAGGACCAUUCAUGUUCCGGAUUGAGAUUGAAGAUUUCAACAAGUACUCAUAUAGUCACAGUAAAGUAUCUGUUACAAUAAAAGAUUCUCCAGAACAGCCUACUCUAUCCAUACCAGAGGGAAUAAGCUCAGGAAAGCGGGUUACUGUCACCUGUUCAGUGUUGCACUCUUGUCCUUCUAACCCACCCAACUUUACCUGGAGCCACAAAGGGACAGUUAGCAGCCAAUCACUGCAGCAGACCAAUGGCCAGUGGAAGAUCAUAUCAUCCCUGAGCUUUACACCAUCCAAAACAGACCACAAGAGAAAUCUCACUUGCACAGCUGUGUUUCAAGGAGGCAAGAAGGGUAUCAGAAUGACAACUCUUGAAGUAAAAUAUGCUCCAGAAAACGUUGCAGUGAUUUCAGAUGAUUCAGUGGUUGAGGGAGGCACCUUGAACCUGACCUGCUCCAGUGAUAGUAAUCCUGCUCCCCACACCUACCAGUGGUCUACUGGGGCUGGCACCUUGUCUGAAGGACACACGUUCACAUUGAGUAAUGUGUCCAGGCACAUAGAAACCAUCUACUGCACAGCCAUUAAUACAGAAGGGCAAGCUAACUCCAGUCCAAAACAGAUCAGCAUCUUGUAUCCUCCUGAGAUUAAAGUUGGCUCCUCUUGUACUUCGGACACCUCAAAAGUGACAUGUACAUGUAUAGUAGAUUCCCAUCCAGUCAGUGAAAUCAAGUUGUGGGGUACAGAUCCAUCAAUAGAGCUGCGCAGAUCUCAUGAAGAGAAACAUGGCACUCUGACUAUUGUGACCCUACAGGGGGCGCUGGGCUUCUCAGACAUGGUGCACUGCCAGGCAAUUAACAGUCAGGGGAAUUACACCAUGACUCUACAAGUGCCACACAGCGAUGAUACACACAGCGCCAAGAUCCUAUACAUUUCGAUUGCUGCCAUUGCCUUUCUUCUGACAAUCACUGGCCUCUCAGUGUGGAUUACAAAAACCUGUAGGAGGAAUGAGUCUCUCAUAACACCACAGCCAAAGACAGAACUGAAUGUAACCAGACAGUCUGAGGCAAAAAGGAAAUGCAAAGAUGUGAGCCGAUGCUAUGAUGGAAGUCAGCAUGUGUAUGGCAACAUGGAAUUUGAAGACCCAUAUGAAGAGGAAUACCCAUAUGAACAUGCUGGUGAAUAUGAAGCAACAUAUGCUAAUGUGUGAAUACCAGAGGAUUCAACAAAUUAAAAUCUAUAUUUGAAUCCAACCUUAGAGAACAUUAGGUAUAAUUUAUUCUAUUUUAAUAAGAAUGCAGUAAAACACUGUUUAUGUAUGUUUAUAGUAAUAGUAACAAUAAAGUAUUUAAGACUGCAAAUUUUGACAAUGCAAAUGAAAAUUAUCAUUAUGUUAAGACAAAUGUUUAAAUACUUUGUACAACCACUGAUUAAUGUAUGACAUAUACAUCAAUGUAUGACAUAUACAUUACAUUACAUUUUUAUUUUAUCCUGUAUAUUAUGUAUACUGUAUAUAUUCUAUUAUUUCUCGAUGAUAUGUACUCAUUCUUCAUUGAAAAUCAUUACAGAGAGGGCGUUUGCAGUGGGUUAAAAGUUUUUUCACACAAAAAAGUGUAAAGCAUAGUUUCCAUUUUCCUCACACGUGGAGUCCAUUAUCUUUUAUGAGUUUCUGUUGCAGAGUUGUAUGUUGCAAAAUACUGGGUUGUACGUACAUUUUUUUUUUUUU